UCGGGUCUCGAAGAAACUGGGGAAGCGAUUGCAAUGCUCUUAUCCUAAUACUGGAACUGCCACCUUUGACUACACAGUACACGCGCCAUUCGAGUGCUAAGCACAGGAACAUACUAAUUAAAAAGAGAGAUGCUGACUCUCUCGCCAUUAACAAACGCUACUUGUUCUCUAAACCAACGUUUCGCUCUCUCUUUCCUUUUCUCCUCUCCUGCUCAAUCUUCCAGGUUCAAAAUGUCUUCCUCCGAUUCGCUCCCUCCUCUCCCCGACAAUCGCAUCCUCCUAGGGUGUGGUUCAGUAUCGGUGGAUUUCUUGGCUACUGUGGCUUCUUAUCCUCAGCCGGAUGACAAGAUCAGGAGCACUAGCUUGAAGGUCCAAGGAGGUGGAAAUGCAGGCAAUGCUUUGACUUGCGCUGCUCGUUUAGGCUUGAAUCCCAGGCUUAUCUCUAAGGUUGCAGAUGACUCGCAAGGAAAGGGGAUAUUGGAGGAGCUUGAAGCAGAUGGUGUCGACACUUCCUUUUUUGUGGUUUCCAAUGGAGGCACUUCACCUUUUACCUAUGUCAUUGUUGACAGCAACGUGGAGGUCUUUUUUUUCUUUUUUCUUUUUUCUUUUUUUCAUAGAUUGGUGACUGCAAACGGUGGGAUGGUUCAAAUUUUCUUGCAGAUAAAAUUUAAACUAAAUAAAAUCGAAAAAAAAGAAAGAACACAAACUUCCAUCUUAGGAUAUAUUUUCAGGAAAACUCGUACUUGCAUUCACACUCCUGGAAGCCCUCCCAUGAUGCCAGAUGAUCUCUCCCAAUCUAAUCUAUUGUCUGCAAUUGAUGGAGCAAGAAUUGUCUAUUUUGAUGGAAGGUUGCACGAAACUGCUUUAGUUGUUGCACGUGAGGCAGCUCGCAGGAACAUACCUAUUUUAAUUGAUGCAGAGAGGAAAAGAGAAGGGCUAGAUGAUCUCCUGGGUUUGGCUGACUUUGCUGUAUGUUCUGCAAAAUUUCCCCAGGCAUGGACAGAGGCACCAUCCAUUUCAAGCUCACUUGUCUCUAUGCUAUUAAGAUUGCAAAGAUUAAAAUUUGUUAUUGUGACCUUAGGUGAUGAUGGAUGCAUAAUGCUUCAAAGAACUGUAAAUGGGAGUUCUGAGUCAGAAGAGAUGGAGAUAGACAGCUUAUUGGAACUUCUAAAGCAAAGAAGGGAUGGUAGCAUGGCCGUCCCAGCAUGCAUUUCAUCGUCAGCGAUGACAUUGAAGGCAAACGGGAUAGGAACAGUAAGUGGAAGGUUAUUUGUGGGAACAGCUGAGAAAAUACCACUGUCAGAACUUGUUGAUACAACAGGCGCUGGGGAUGCAUUUAUUGGUGCAGUUCUCUAUGCCAUAUGUGCGGAGAUGCCACCAGAGAAAAUGCUGCCGUUUGCUGCUCAAGUGGCAGCUGCUAAUUGUAGAGCUUUAGGAGCUCGAGGUGGUCUUCCUGUCCGAUCAGAUCCCCGCUUGGCAUCCUUCCUCUAGAUUUUUGGAUUGAUAUCAUCAUUGAACAGACAAAGCAAGAAACUCAGCCUGGCUUUCUCCAUCUUGUCCUACUUGUUAGAAGGGCCGUUUCCCUUUUGUCUCACCUGGCAUGAUGUUUUCUUUUUAAUCUUGUAAGUGAGACUGCAAUGACAAGUACUCCUUACUUGAUGAAACAAACUUGCUUCAGAUGGAUUAUUCUUGCGGUUACCUAAUGCGGUGUCUUCCUUUAAUUCUCUGUUCUUAGUCAAAGUUUGCAAGUACAACAAAACAAAUAUGCGGAACAUCGGGUACCAAUCUGAAGGAUACCCAUUCUUUUUCGUUGUUAUAGUAUUGGAUGUUUAUCAAAA